UGAUCCAUAUUAAAUAUAGUUUGUGUUGAGAAGAGUAGGUCGCCCGUACUCAAGGUUAAGUAGAGUCAAAAAAAAUGGAGUCUUUGGCUCGACUUGUAACUAUUUAUAAUGAACAGACGACGGACAGCCAUGACGCUUUGCGCGAAAUUCAAGUCCGAACGAAAAAGCAUUUGGACUCGCAGCCAGAGAUGUCCGGUGGUUCCUUGGCCGUUCCAUCGAAAGCCGACGAGAGCGAAGGUUUCGCAAGCCGGAGACGCAGUACGAUUUUUCUCGGUUACACGAUCGACGAAAUGUUUGCCCAGCAUGCUCAAACUCCUCGGAACAGCGUAAAAUACAAAGCAAAUAAAAAUAAUGAGCCUCGUUCAAGGACGAUGUUGGAAUCGUGGAAAUGGAAGAAUUGCGUAAAUGCGAUAGGUUUUCUAUGGGCAAGACGAGUCCGAGUCCUUUUCCUCAAUGACUACGGAAAUAGGGUCUCCGGUAAUGCCUGGUGGACGCGCAAGAUUCUCCGAAAACGUUGGAGUCAGAAGCAUGAUUUUUGACGUUCCAUCAACGGACUCCCUCCCCCACAUCGAAGCCAGAGCUUUUGCGGUCGUCCUUCAGGAAGCUUUGGACCGAUUGGGGAUUCUCGAACGAGUCAUUCCUGCCAAGGUAGAUCCGCGAUGGGACGAGAGCUACAAAACCAUCGAUGAAAAGUACGGAAUCCCCGAGGAACCCCAAAUAAUGUUCAGAAGUGAUAUGGGAUUGUUGCCACUCGUUCCUACGGUUUCUGAAAAACUUCAACGUGACAGAACUUACAUGUACAAUGUCCUGAAGAGCACGAUUCGAGACAUUCAAUGUGUGCGACGAUACGAUCGCUUGGAAACAGAGGUCGACGACAUAACUCGAACCCUCGAAGGUGAACACAAUCUCGAAGUCAAUAACGAAAUUUGGACCAAUCAAGUGACGCAACUUCGGGAACUCAUCGAAUCUGAGCGAUUAAAAAACGACGAAGAAGUUAAAAAUCUGCUCCUCAUGGCUCAAGACAUGAACGCCGAAAUCGACAAUGCCAUUUUUUCCAAUAAAUCGAAACUGGAAUACGUUGAACGCUGGGAAGCAGCGCGUCUUGAUCAGCAAAAAUUACGGCUUGAGAUAAAAGAGCAAGAAAUUAACGAUGCCCUCGAAAAAUUGGCGACGUUGGAAAGAGACGAUCAAAUAAUAUCGAACGAGGUGAGUACUUUUCUGGAGUCAAAUACGCUUGACCUUGAAGAGAGCAUAACCGCGUGGAGCACUCGAUACAAUGAGGAGACCGAGCGUCUCGUACGUCAAAUGAACGAUACUAAGGAAAAAAUUGAACUACAAAAAAUACAGCUGGUGAAUCUUCGAGAAUUGAAGGAUGAGCAGCAAAUAUUUCUCCACAAAUGUUACGAGGCACGAAGACAGGCUGAACGAGAGGUGGCGUAUUGGGAAGCCGUAAACGGCGCUGCUACUUUGAUACAAAGCCUGUGGCGAGGCUACAUGGUUAGACACAAAUUGGGCAAAUACGAAAAACUCUGGGCGAGUCUCAGGAAACGAAAGAAUAAAAAGAAGAAGAAAAAGAAAGGAAAAAAAUGAAUAAGAAAUAAUUGUAGAGAAAUUCAAUAAAUGCCUGUUUUUAUAUAA